GUUUCCCUUUCACUUUCAGCAUCAAUUCCAAAAAGCACAAUAAAAUGGUGAAGACAUAUCUUCGGUACGAGGCGCGGCGGCCAUUCGGCGUCAUCAGCAGCCCGAGCGGGAACGCGGUGUUUGAUAGUACAGGCAAGCUGUCGGUGACAUCGGCGCUGGAGGAUGUGAUUGUGUGGGACGUGAAGAAGGGCACGCAGGUGGCCCGGUGGACAGACAGCGACAACCGGGCGGAGGUGACAUGCAUUGCCCGCAGCCCCAACGGCACGGACUACGCGGUAGGGUACAGCGACGGGUCGAUCCGGCUGUUUGACCUAGAGAGCAAUGCGGUGCGGGUGGUGCUGAACGGGCACCGCGGGCAAGUGUCGGCGCUGGAGUUUGACCCGACGGGUACGGUUCUUGCAUCCGGGGCGCGCGACACGGAUCUGAUUGUCUGGGACGUGGUAGGGGAGGUGGGACUGUACCGGCUGCGCGGGCACACGGACCAGAUCACGGCGAUAGUGUUCCUGGGCGGGUCAGGCAAGGCAGAGUCGGCGCUGCACGCCAGCUCCGACGGGUGGAUUGUGACGGGCAGCAAGGACACGCUGGUGAAGCUGUGGGAUCUGCGUGCGCAGCACUGCGUGCAGACGCUGGUGGCACACCGCAGCGAGGUGUGGUCGCUGGCGCUGAGCAACGACCAGCGGUUGUUGGUGACGGGCACGGCGGACCGCGAGCUGCGCGUGUGGACGGUGGAUCGGCAGAAGCUCGAUGCGAUGGCAGGCGAGCCUCACAACGAGUCAGCGGAGGAGGCGGCGCGGCGGUGGGCGGCAAUCAGCGAGUACGGGACGAUUGAGCGGGCGAGCCGCGACCGUGUGGUGAGCCUGAAAUUCCACCCGUCGGGGCAGUACCUGGGGUGCCUGGGCGGCGACCGGCAGCUGGAGGUGUUCCGGGCACGCUCACACGCCGAGAUCAAGAAGAAGCUGGCAAGGCGGAUGAAGCGCAGCCGCGAGAAGCGCAAGGACGGCGACGACGCAGCAAUGGACGACGAGGCUGAGCCGGAGAUCACGGCGGCCGACGAGCUGACGGCGUUCAAGCUGGUGCGGACCAGCGCCAAGGCUGCGUCGUUUGAUUUUGCACCAGGCGAGGCCGAUGCGGCGGUGCUGCACCGGCAAGGGGCACUGAAUGUGCUGGUUGCUCAAACGGACAACCAGCUGGGCGUGUGGCGCGUGCCGGUGCCGCCGCCGGGCACAACAACGAAGAAGGCAAACCUGGCCGAUCCGUCGCUGGUGUGUGCAGUGGACAUGCUGGGACAUCGAGCCGAGCCGCGCACACUGGCGCUGAGCUCCGACAACGAGCUGCUGGCGUCGGCGGCCGGGCGGUCGCUGCGCAUCUGGAACGUGCAGACCGGCGGGUGUGUGCGUACGCUGGAAUGUGGCCCGGCGCUGUGUGUGGCGUUCCUGCCCGGCGACCAGUUUGUGGUGGUGGGCACCAAGACCGGUGUGCUGGAGCUGUACGAUACAUUCGAUGCACACGAGGGCGCGGCGUGCUGGGCAAUCGACGUCAAGCCCGACGGCAGCGGGCUGGUGACCGGCGGUGCCGACAAGAGCGUCAAGUUCUGGGACUUUGAGCUGGUGCGCGACGCGCAGGGCGACUCAGCUGUGGUGAGCCGGCGACGCAUGACGCUGGAGCACGUGCGGACGCUGAAGAUGUCGGACGAUGUGUUGGCAGUGUCGCUACUGGACACCACUGUCAAGGUGUUCUACGCCGACACGCUCAAGUUCUUCCUGUCGCUGUACGGCCACAAGCUUCCGGUGAUGUCGCUGGACAUCUCGUCCGACUCGACGCUGCUGGUGACUGGGUCGGCCGACAAAACGGUCAAGCUGUGGGGCCUGGACUUUGGCGACUGCCACCGGUCGCUGCUAGCGCACCAGGAGCCCGUCACAUGCGUGCGCUUUGUGUGGGGCACUCACUACUUCUUCUCAGCUGGCAAGGAUAAGGUCGUGCAGCAGUGGGACGGCGACAACUUCCAGCGCAUCCAGCGCCUGGACGGCAGCCACGGCGACGUGUGGGCGCUGGCCGUGGCCAAGUUCGGCAACUUUGUGGCGGCCGGAUGCCAGGACCGCUCGCUGCGUGUGUGGGACAAAACUGAGGAACCGCUGUUCCUGGAGGAGGAGCGCGAGCGCGAGCUGGAGGCCCUGUAUGACCGCGGGCUGGAGGAGGCUAUGGACCGGACCGACCACGCGCCCACGGGCCAGGACGAGGACGGCGAGCCCGAGACCGAGCGUGCUGGCCGGGCCACCAUGGAGACACUGAAGGCCGGCGAGCGUAUCAUGGAGGCCCUGGACCUGGCCGACGCCGAGCGCGCCAAGUGGGACGCGUACGCCGAGCAGACGCGCCGCAUGCCCCACCUGGCACCGCCGCCGCCCGACGUCCACCCGGUGCUGCAGUUCGAGAAGCUGACGGCCGACGCCUAUGUGCUGCGGACUGUCGAGCGUGUGCGGGCUGCUGAGCUGGAGGACGCGCUGCUGGUGCUGCCGUUUGCGCGUGUGCUGGCGCUGCUUGCCUAUGUCGAUGUGUGGGCGCGCCGCCGCUGGAACACCCCGCUGACCAGCCGCGUGCUGUUCUUCCUGCUCAAGACCCACCAGAACCAGCUCGUGGCUACGCGCACCAUGCGCCCGCGGCUCGACUCGAUCCGCUCCCACCUGCGCGCCGCCGUCGCUGCCCAGCGCGACCAGAUCGGCUUCAACCUGGCCGCUCUGACUGCCCUCAAGACCGAGUGGGAGGCCAAUGCCACCGCCGAGUUCUUCGACGAGGCCCAGAUCCAGGCCGUGCUGGAUUCCCAGCUUGCAAAGCGCAAGUUCACGGGGCUCAAGGCCUAG